AAGUAACGGCCUGAUUCUUCUUAAAUUGUCCUCAGCUGGAAAUGGGAUAUUUUCUAGCUACUGUCUUGUUAAUUUGUUUCAUCGGUACUUCUGGUGAGAAUUUGUCAAGAAAUAAAGAGGAUUCAUUGAAUGUGCUAUUGACGGUCGAGUCUAAAUUACAAAAAAAUGGCGCGGCUUUGGAGCAUGACAGAUUUGCCCGUCACGCGGAAAUGGAUACGACAGUGACUGAAUCAGUAAUCAAUCACCUCAUGAAAGAACUCGGGCGACGUUACCCUCAGGCAAAGAAACAACCCAAAUCAUUGAAAAAGGUCAUCAGAAACCUGAAGCUGAAACUCGAGAAAUAUGUUCACGAGCGGAAACCACUACGUACGAGACCACCUGAAGGAAUUAAUGGAAAUAAAGGAAAAAAAGGAAAGAAAGGAAGAAAAACGAAAAGGAUACGUAAAGUGAAGAAAAAUAGACAGAAACAACAACGUGUUUUUGAUACGGAUUAUAAACAAACUAGUUGA